UGAAAUUCAUGUUUUUGCUAUAGAGUGCUGUUAUUAUGAAGAAUAUAUGCAAAAUAUUUGACAACUGCAAUUACAUCCCUUACAACGUUUUCGGAAUAUAUUUCUGCACGUAACUAAACUCGGACAUUAAAGUCACAGACAGUUUAAUAUGGCUGUGAUACAUUGGUACGAUAAAUCAAUUGACGGGAGAUCACACUUGGAGAAAUCGUGUCGGAGUUACCAGCCAUUAGUCCAUGUAAAAUUUGCUCGAAAAAGUAUAAAAAGGUUUUCCAUGAGGUAUAAAUGCUAAUCAGCUGAGAUGAGUGGAGAAAUAAAUUUGGAAGAUGCGUCGUUUUUAAGAUGCGAAAUAAAUGGAACACAAUUUUUAUUACAAACAGUACCUGACCUUGAGGAUGGUCUGGUUAAUGAAAUACCGCAAGAGAAAGAACCAAUUUGUUAUUCAGAUGCCUCGCAAUACGAAAAUGAAGAAGAUUCGAUACCUCUUGUCUAUUUAAAUCGGCAGAUUUAUACUUUCCAAGAUGGAGAACUUAGGGAAUUGGAUUCAAGUAAAUAUGUGGAUCAAUCUGCCGAUCAUCUAGCCAUAAACGAACCUAAGGAAGAUGAAAAUCGUAAUGAAAAUGACAGUGCAGAUUAUGUUUCUCCCAACUAUUUGACAGAAGAUAAUAUUCCAAUUGAGCAGGUUGACAUUGUGGAAGGUGAUCAAUCAAAUUCGUACGAUGUUGCUAUUGCAGAUGACAAAAAAUUUAUUAUCGGCCAAGACAGUCUUAAUGCCAACGAUUUUGUUGAGGUUGUUACCGCGUUCAAGUGUAAGAUAUGCCCCUACACAACUCAGGAUAGAAUGCAACUUUUACAACACUUUGAAAACGUCCAUAUUAAUCCAGUUUCGCAGGAGAAAGAACAAAAAGAGUCAAAAAGCCACAAUGACAUAAAACUCGUUUAUAUGUGUGGAGAAUGUUCGAACUGUUUUGGAACAAUUGACGAGUGUCGAAAUCACAUGAUACAAGAUCACCAGCUCAUGGACGAAGGCUCCGAUAAAGGCAAUAAUGUCAAUCCUAUUGAAUAUUCUAAACGAUCUUAUUUGGUUGAUGAAUAUUCAGACGAAUAUGGUGAUAAAGAUGUGUGUAAAAAUACAAUAAAAGUGUCAAAAACUAUUGGUGGAAGCUCCAGAAGACUGCUUGGCAAAAAAUCGCCCUUUAUAGAAGUGAAGGAAAAAAAUGUCAAAUGUACGUAUCAAGGAUGUUUGUACAAGUUCAGUACGGAAGAAAUAAUGCAACAGCACGCAAUCUGUCAUAACGACCUGGAGCAUGCCCAUGAGUUCAAAUGCAAUAUUUGUCGAGAUGUUGAAUUUUCAAAUUGGAAACCAUGUAGCUUACAUUUAUGGAAAGAACAUAAAAUUGACGUCGACCUUAUGUCUUGUAAAAUUUGCAAGACGUACAAAAGUCCUACAAUGGUUAAACUAGUCACUCACAUGAGAGUCCAUAGUGAGAAUCGCGAGUACGAAUGUUCAGUGUGUGGAAAAUGUUUCAAACAAUCAAGUCAGCUACGAAACCAUCGCGUUAUGCAUUUGAACAGAAAAACGCACCAAGUACCUAGGUGGUAUACUUCUAAGACCUGUGAAUUGUGCGGAAAAACUUACGCAGAUUCAAAAUGUUUAAAAAAUCACAUGCAAGCUGUCCAUUCUAAGUUAAGACCAUACGUUUGCAACGUCUGCGGACACUCCAGUGCUAGGAAAGCGAUGCUUCAAAUGCAUUUGAGACAGCAUACCGGCGACAAACCAUACAGCUGCGAGUUGUGUGACUAUAAAACUGGAGAUCACAACUCCCUACGAAGACACAUCAUGCGCCAUACUGGUGUUAGGCCCUAUAAAUGUCCACAUUGUUCCUACUCUGCGAUUCAAAGCAACAGCUAUAAAAAUCAUCUAAGAUCCAAGCAUCCUUCACUGGAGGGUCUCUAUACAUGUGAACUUUGCCCAUUUAAGACUGUGAAUAAAGAAAGUUAUAUGCAACAUGUUCGGGAUCAUCAAAAAGGAUUGAUAAAGGCUGCUACACAAAAAAAAGAUGACGAAAACGUAGAGGUGUUUCCCGGCAAUAUAGCCGCUGCUCAAUUGAUAUAUAGCUGUCUUGGGGCAUUUUCUAAGGAUGGAAAAACUAUCGAAGCCAAUUUGAUGACAUCUUCGACAUCCGCAGACGGUACCUCGCAGACGAUUACUAUUCAAAUACCAUCGAAAGAUUUGGAAGGAUCUUUACCAACUAGUGAACACAUAUCUAAAAACAAUGUGGCUCUAGAUCAGGAAGACGAUGAAACUAUGCAUUGCUUUUUAGCAAUUCCAAGAGAAGAGGAAGAAAAUAUAGAUACUGGCGGAAUCACUAUUCCUGCAGAACCAGAAGCUGCGGUAGACACAGCAAUGGAUGUAGAAAUUUAAUGCAACUUAGUUGAAGAUCAAUUUAGUUGGAGAUACCUACGCCAUCUAAAUUUGAAAUUUGAUUAAUUUUUCAAAUAGCUCGGAGCUUUAUAUAUCGUAGUAAAAAACCAAUAAAAAUGUAUUUUUCUGGUAACCGAAUUGGGAAAGAUAUCAAUUUGUAGAUCUAUAGUUUAAAAUUGGUGUUCUCCAGCACUGAGAUGAUACAAUUAUAAAAACGAGCUGCAUGAGUACGAAUUUCAGUUGUGACGUGUGAAUAAAAUAUAUGUAUACAUAAA